AUGUUAAAAACAGUGUUCCUGGUUACUUUAUUGGCGUGCGUUAUUACGGAUGUCAUAGCCGAUUAUAAUAUCGUUUGCUACUAUAAUAGACGCGCUACCUAUCGUCCUGAAGGUGGAAAAUUCGAACUGUUUAAUAUAAAUUCAUCUUUAUGUACUCAUAUCAUCUAUAAUUACGUUGGUAUUACUAACAAUAGUGAUAUUAAAAUAUUGGAUCCUUGGACGGACUUACCGAGCGGUAGAGACGGUUUUCGAAAGUUUAUUAAACUUCAUGCGACAAAUCCAGAUGUCAAAUUAAUGAUAGCGAUAGGUGGUUGGGACGAAGGAUCCAUCAAUUUCUCUCAAGUUGUCGGAAAUUCUGUUAGUCGUGCCCAAUUCGUUGAAAACAUAAUUAACUUUUUGGAGAUUUACAAUUUCGACGGUCUUGAUCUGAAUUGGCAGUUUCCGAAUCAGCGGGGCGGCAAACUAUCCGAUAAACAAAAUUAUGUAGCCGUAUUGCAAGAGUUAAAACAAGAGUUUGACAAACGUAAUUACACUCUCAGCGUGACGACCGUCGCUCUUGAAGCGUUAGCUUCUCAUUCUUACAUUAUUUCGCAAGUGUCGCAAUACGUUGAUUUUAUUAAUCUGAUGACGUACGAUUUUCACGGAUCAUGGGAUCGUACCGUAGGAAUUCAUGCUCCAUUGUAUGCUUCCUCUAACGAAUCCGGAGGCAAAGCUAAAAUGAAUGUAAAUUCAAGUGUUCAAUAUUGGCUUUCACAAGGGGCACCAGCUAAUAAGAUUAAUCUUGGAAUUUCAAGUUAUGGUAGAUCCUUCACGUUAAGUUCCCGAAGUCACGAAAUAGGUGCUUAUGCCACAGGUGGUGGUAAUAAUGGACCUUAUACGCAGAAAUCAGGCUUCCUCGGUUAUAAUGAAAUUUGCAUGUAUCUCCAGAAGGGUUGGACAGUGGUACGUGAAUCGCAACAACAUGUACCUUAUGCUUUCAAAGGUAACCAAUGGGUUGGAUAUGACGAUGUCACAUCUAUUGAAGAGAAAGCGAAAUAUGCUAAGAGUAUGGGUCUUGGUGGUAUGAUGUUGUGGAGUCUUGAUACCGAUGACUUCCAUGGUACAAGUGGUAAAAUGUAUCCACUUUUGAAUACAAUCAACAGGGUGUUGACAGAAAAUACUUUUAGCACAUCAAGUCCAUCACUACUAACAACACCAUUUUUUGACCCUAUAUGUACGCACGAAGGGAAUAUUGCACACCCAUAUAAUUGCACAAUAUAUUACAUUUGCAGAAAAGUUGGCAAUUAUUAUAUGAAAUAUUCGAGUCAUUGCUUGAACGGUUCUGUAUACAAUCCAGUGACCGAAACUUGUGAUCGUCGGUCGAAUGUUCCCAAUUGUUAA